CCGGGACACGUGACGUGUUGUUGUGGUUCCUGUGUAUGGAGCAGGUUCCUGAUCUUCUUCACUCAGCUGGAGAAGUGGCCUCAGGAUGGACGUCACCUCUCACCUCCUCCUCCUCUUCCUCUCCUCUCUCUGCUGCUCCUGCUGCUUCGGGGCUGCUCCGCCGAACUUCGUCCUGCUUUUCGCCGAUGAUUUGGGUUUCGGGGAUCUGGGCUGUUACGGACAUCCCACCUCUCUCACCCCGAACCUGGACCGUCUGGCCGCGGGAGGACUCCGCUUCACCGACUUCUACUGCACCAGCCCGGUGUGCAGCCCGUCCAGAGCAUCGUUGUUGACGGGACGUUACCAGACUCGCUCCGGCAUCUACCCAGGAGUGUUGUACCCGGGCUCCAUAGGCGGACUUCCUCUGAAUGAGACAACCAUCGCUGAGGUCCUGAAACCUCAGGGCUACGCCACAGCUGCCGUGGGAAAGUGGCACCUGGGAUUUGGGGCCAAUGGCAUGUUUCUUCCGACCAAGCAGGGGUUUGACCAGUACAUGGGGAUCCCUUACUCCCAUGACAUGGGCCCCUGUCGGAACUUGACUUGUUUCCCUCCAGAUGUGAAGUGUUUCGGAUUCUGUGAUAUCGGCGUAGUAACCGUCCCGCUAAUGCACAAUGACGUCAUCAAGCAGCAACCGGUCGACUUCCUGGACCUGGAGAAGACGUACAGUGACUUCGCAACCAACUUCAUCACCACAUCGGCCAAGAAGAAUCAACCUUUCUUCCUCUACUAUCCCUCUCAUCACACCCACUACCCCCAGUAUGCAGGUCCAGGGGCCGCCGGGAAGUCUUUAAGGGGCCCAUAUGGAGAUGCUCUGCUGGAGUUUGACAACACUAUCGGAAACCUACUGACAACCCUGGAGAAGACAGGAGUCAUCAACAACACUCUGGUCUUCUUCACUUCAGACAAUGGACCUGAGCUGAUGCGUAUGUCCCGUGGCGGUAACGCUGGCCCUCUGAAAUGUGGGAAAGGCACCACAUAUGACGGCGGUAUGAGGGAGCCAGCCAUCGCGUACUGGCCAGGGACCAUCAAACCAGGUGUGACUCAUGAGCUGGCCAGCACACUAGACAUCCUCCCCACCAUCUCAGCCCUGGCAGGAGCCAAACUGCCCCCGGUGAUGCUGGAUGGAGUCGAUAUGACUGAGAUCCUUGUCCAGCGAGGAAAGAGUAAAAGGGAGACGAUGAUGUUCUACCCCACAGACCCCAGUGAGAUGUAUGGUCUGUUUGCUCUCAGGUUGGGGAAGUACAAGGCCCACUACUACACACGAGGUGCCACCCACAGCGGCACGACCCCGGACAAUGACUGCUCAGUAUUCGCUGUUCUCAAGGCCCAUGACCCCCCUCUGCUUUUCGACCUGGAGCUUGACCCCUCUGAGAACUACCCUCUCCCUCUGAUGGGGAAACCCGACCUCCAAGCCCUGCUGGAGAGGAUGAAGAGAGUCAAGCAGCAGUUUGAAGCCUCCAUGGUGUUUGGGCAGAGCCAGGUAUCAAAAGGAAUAGACCACAGCCUGGAGCCGUGCUGCAAUCCUCAGUGUACCCCCAAACCCAACUGCUGCCAGUGCUGAUGGGACAGAUGUGUGGGGGAGGCUGAAGGUACUGCACUGAUUUUACUGUACAAAGUGCUCAAAGCUCGAAAGAUGUGUUUUUUGAAAUAAUGCAAUUCAGCCACUUGUUUGUGGAAUGUUAAGGUUUCAGUGCUACUCAUACUGAAAAGUAAUUUUGCAAAUAAUCUGUUUUCCUCAGUGAGGAAAUCUUUAUUUUUUGUGUUAAUAUUGAUUAUAUUUCAAAUUAGAAGAGCAACCAGAGUAAGAAAAGGCUAACACUCUAUCUUACUGUGUUAAAAACAGUGGAACAUUCAUGGAUACACACAUGUAUCUGGAUCUGCAUUCCCGGCGCCUACACAAAAUUUCAGGUUUCAGUAGUUUUUGUGAAAUCCUGCUAACUAAAAAACAGAGAAACAAAGGCAGAAGAAAACAUAACCUCCUCAGCGCAGGAAAUAAUGCACGACAAGGAAGGUAUGUACGUUUGUCUGUUAGUAGGUUCAUGCAAAAUUGACUACUGUUACCAAGAAACCUGGUGGAAGGAUGUGUUAUGGGUUUGGAAAGAACCCAUAAAAUGUUCAGGGGGCCGAUCCAGAAAUGUUGGAUUGUGAGAUAGGUUGUUAAAAAACGUUUUAGUUGAUUUCCCAGAGAAAAAUUAAUGGAUUUCUUGAUUUAAAAAAUCAGGGACGCUUUGGGGACUGAUCCGGUGCAGAUCUGAAUAAAAAUCUGGAUACAGUGAAUUUAAAUGUUUUAUUUUUUUAAUACUUUCAUGAGGGGACUUUGGGACCUUGGUGGAGAUUUGCAGUCUUUAACCGCCCCUCUAGUUUUAAUUGAUCCAUUAUGAAAUGUUAUCUUCAACUUUCUUUAUCAUCAUAAGAUUUUCAAUAUUAAUAUAUGAAGUAUUUGUAAAAAUGUUUUGCAGCACAUUUCAAUCACACAAACAAAGAGUGGAUGUGAACAAUAAAGACGACACGAAAGGUUUUGGA